AUGGCAAGGGUGAGGCGCAACGUUCGUUGGCUCAAGAAAUAUUUGAAGAAGACUGAAAAUGAAAAGAGAGUUGAGGCCAAGCCGGUGAAGUUGAGUUUUACGAUCCAGAAAGCGCCGGAGAGGAAGAAAAUCGAAAUUGAGCCGCCGAAACCGAAGAAAACAGAACAAACGAAGGAUGUUGAAGAGCGGAAGACUGUUGAAGUACCAAAAGAAUUUCAGAAAAUUGCCAAGAAGUUUGGACUGCCGGAAGAUCACCUCGAAUUCUUCUACGAGCACCGUGAUUCCUUCAACUGGGAAAUGAAGAAAGAAUUCGUCGUUCAUUGCAGCGAGCGUGGCUGCAAAUUGAUUGUUAACGAAGCUAGAGGAUGUCUAAAUGAGCACAUGAUCUCUGUUCACGAUUAUAAAGACAUUCCUUGUGAACCAGCGAAAGCUGCUCAGAAUCGAGCUCAGCAUUUGGAGCCUUGCUUCACGGCGAUCAUCCAGUCUGGUGGAAACUACAAUUUGAAGUACUCCGCUCAAUAA